UCAAGUUACUGCAAACGCUUACACCCUUCACCUCGGUUUCCCGUAAAGAAGUCGUUAGCUUACAGGCAGCACCAUGGGACUGCUCUACUACUUUGAGACCACCAUUGACUUCCAUGGAGAACACUCGCAUAAUGUGUUUCGAAAAUGGCUUAAUAUAGCCCAGGAGUUUAUUGCAUAUCCAUCGAAAACGACGGGAGUGGAAAUCAAGCAGUUCUGGAAGAUAUGCGGAGAAAAUAAACUGAUAGGAGUUCUCAGUGUGGAGUCACCAGGACAACUGGACAUUUGCUUUGCGACUCUGUUAAAGCAACAAUCAGCGGACGUUCGCAUCACAACCGAGGUGAAACCUUUUAGACCCUAUGAGGAUUUCGCUGGAACUGUUGCCGAGAGAUGUAAUCGGAGCCUGGACGCGACUCAUGUGGAAAGCGUGACCAAAGAGGGAUUGUAUUACUUCUUGUGGUCUCGAGUCGAGUAUAUGGGCAUAACGCAACUGGAUCUUUGCAACACUUGGACUGACGAAGCAGUAUCUGCUAUAGAAGCAAAGAAACUAGGAGACAUUGUGGACUUGUGGAAAGUGGUGGCAGAACGACAGGUUUGGGUGAUUGUGCGCAUGAACAGCCUGAAGGACGCGGAUGAGCUUCUUACAUUUGAUCUUCCGAUCUUAAAGAAAAUGGGAGCUCAGGUGUACACCAAGUGCAAGUCUAUACGGCCAGUCAACCAUUGGAUCGAAGAUCUUCAGACACUGGUUUAAUUUUGCUAGCUUAGAUAAAUGGUGUAAUCCUGUAAUUUUUAGGGUUAGAUUAAGGUGAGAUAUUCUACCGUGAACAGUUCCUCUUUGUAGUAUUUGGGACAUCAAGACAUCACUGACAGCUCAUGCUAUAUUGGCGCCUAAAUCGCUCAAUUAUUGUGCCGCCAUAUUUGGUUACUUUGCAAGAGACAGUGGGGAGGGGAGGGGAGGGGAGGAGAAGCCUCGCCCGAGGGACUCGAUGGACUUGUAUUUUUAACAGGGAAUAUAACCCUUUCGUAUACCUUCCAUUAAAAAAUUCUAUUCCUUCCACACUGAUUUCUUUUCGAAACCCAGAGAAUAAAGCUAUGAACUGUGUUACAGAAAAACAUCAC